AUGUGCAAGAAUGAUAUCGACUAUUUCAUGAAGAAGAUAGACAAAAUAGAUAAGAAAUUGAGGCCUUAUCUAAACGAUGUUGGUUACAGCAAAUGGACAAGAGCUCAUUACGGUAAUAACAGGCACGCAACCACGACGACCAAUAUUGUUGAAUCUCUCAAUUCAAAAAUACAAGCUGCCAAGGAUCUUCCAAUAACAACAUUGCUAGAGUACCUACGGUCAUUGGUUUCAAAUUCAACAGAUUACUUAAAAUCAGUGCUUGAUCAAACAACAACUUUCAUUGUCGACCUCAAAGAUAGAACGUGCACGUGUAGAAGAUUUCAGUUGGAUGGAAUACCAUGCCCUCAUGCAAUGGCAAUACUAAGGGAAAUAAACCAAGAACCUUAUAAGUUUUGUUCGAGUUAUUAUAAGAAAAAAACAUUGUUGAAGACUUAUGAGGAAACAGUAUAUCCAAUAGAAGAUCAAAAAAUGUGGACUAUACCAGAAGAAGUGGCAGAAAUGAUUGUAGCAACACUAAUUGGAAGAACAAAAUCUGAAAGGCCUAAGAAGAGAAGGUAUAAAUCUAAAAGUGAGAUUUCAAAUCAUAACAAAUGCAACAGAUGUAAACUGUAUGGUCAAAAUAGGAAGACAUGCAGAAGUAUGCCAAAGGCAAAUUAG